AUGGGGAUCCUGGAGACUCGAGGAUCCUCCGGUGCAUCAGCCAUUGGAGUCGAUAUGAUGAAGGCGGAAAUUCCGGUCAACGAUGAUCUACUAUCGUUUAUUGCUUCCGUUGAAAGCACGCUCACACCGAGCGAAUCUCGACAUCUGCACCAACUCGCCGCUGCCGAGAGCACACGUUCACAAGCUACGAAGCACUUGUUCCAGCUUUGGACGCUCAAGAAGGCCUAUUUCAAGGCACUAGGAGUCGGCAUCACCUUUGAACUCUCUCGCAUCCAUUUCGAUUUCGACACCUCUGUUCUCGUGGUUGAUGGGGUGCCCUUGAGUCGCUGGGGGUGGUUGGAGGGUGGCAUCGACAGACGCUGUCCACAACUUGGAGCUAUCCACCGUUACGAUGUCGACCCAAAAGUCAACCAAACGCAAGAAACAGCGCGGGAAUGUCAAUCCAUCGGGAUCCCCGCCUGUACCAAGGCCAACAAACAAGAAACGUCAAGCAUACAACGCGGCAACCUCGGCCUCGACAUAGUAGCCAAUAUCGCCGAGGGAUCGGACAUUCUCGCUCCACUAAAGGCUGCUUGCCGAACAACAAAGUCGAUUCUCGAAGUCGCGCAGGCGACAGAGGACAACCAAGAGGAAUGGACCGAGCUAACAGGACGUGUGAAAGGAUACAUGUCCACAGUCGAGGAACAAAUAGCGUUAUUUGAGGCGUAUCCUCUAGAAGACAUGGCCGUUAACGAGGCGUUCAAACGGCCGCUCGUCCACUAUGUCAAAUGCCUCGAAGACAUGCACGAUAAGGUUAUCAAUCUAAAGGAGAAACGUAGCCUCAACAAGCACGCCUUUUCUAAAGCAAUCAUCAAAGUGAAAAUUGAUGCAGAGGAGAUUCUUAAGCUCAAUCGAGACAUUGAGGAUCGGCAUAGCCAAUUCAUGGGUGCAUUGGGUCUUUUUACCGCAUUGCGUGUUCAAAGCGUUGAACAGAAUACCAAGUUUAUCAAGGCUGACGUCGAGGCCACCAAGGCAAACGUGGAAACCGUCCUGACAGACGUUGACACUACCGCAAUACUUCAGCUGCCAACGGUAGCUUUUGUUGCAUCCUCUGUCCAUAGAGCCUGUCUGACAGGAACGCGCGAGGCUGUCCUUCAAACCAUCUGGCACUGGGCCAGCGAUGUCACAUCGGAUAAGCCGAUAUUCUGGCUCUGCGAUAUCGCUGGCUCUGGCAAAUCCACAGUCGCCAUGUCUGCAGCAGAUGCUUGGAGGAACGAGGGAGUGUUAGGUGGCCAAUUCUUCUUCUCUCUUACAAGCAGCGAAGGGUCGACCACCGAAAAAUUCUGUUCCGCGAUAGCAAGAGACCUUGUCGACUACAUACCCAACCUUGCGCCGCACGUCGCCGGAGCCGUGAAGCGGCAUCCUUCGUUUAUGCGAAGCUCUCUCCAAGAGCAGUUCCGGCGUGUCAUUCUCGUUAUCGACGCUCUUGACGAAUGCAAAUCCGGAUCGCAGCGAAGAGAGCUCGUCGAAAUGCUUUCUACAGCUGUUAAAGAAGUGACAAACCUCAAGAUAUUCAUGACGAGUCGACCAGACCCUGUGAUUCAAGCAGUCUUGGGGUCGCUUUCAGUCAAGUCCAAGCUGGAAGACCGCCUGCACGAUGUUCAUCAUCGUGAUAACAUGGAUGAUAUUGCAACUUACAUACACAAGGAGCUAAACGACGUGCUGCCGGAGGCCAAGAGGCUGAGACUGGUUAAGAAGGCCAAUGGAUUGUUUAUUUGGGCAAGCACCGCAUGUCGAAUGCUCAGUAGCGAAACUACAUUAGACUUGCCGGAAAGUAUCUAUGAUCGUCUGAUUUCAGUGGACCAGACUGGAGAGAUAGACGACGUUUACAAGCUCGUUUUCGAGCGUAUGGACCCCAAAUCCCACACAAUCAUGUCCAGCAUGCUCGCUUUGCUGCUUGCUGCAUUCGAGCCACUCAGCACAGAUGACUUGGACGACAUCUUCAAGAACCUUGGGCACAAGUGGAGUUCUAGGGCACUGGUACAGAACCUAGGAAGUGUGCUCAGUGUAGACCCAAGUACCCACUUGGUCCAAUUCCGCCAUCCUACCCUUGUCGAAUACCUUCGACGGUGUUCCCUCGCCUCAGCUGCCGACAAACCCAAUACACUCCAUCUCGACGUGACCAAGGCGCAUGGUCAAGCCGCAUCAUGGUGUCUCAAACGACUCAUGUCGCGGACUGAUGGUCUAAAGUUUAAUAUAUGUCAACUCGAGUCAUCUUUCUACCUCAAUAGAGAGAUUCUAAACCUCAAGACGAGGAUAUCGAGACUCAUUCCAAAGGCACUUCGAUAUGCCAGCUCUCACUGGUUGUUCCAUGUGGCGGAAACUGAUGACACCUGGCGAUCCAUGGUCAAAAGGGAACUUCAACAGAUUAUUCAAGCUCCACACGUGCUAUACUGGAUGGAAGUCCUGAGCUUCACUGGGGGUGUGCCACGAGCAAUAGCUGGCCUUCGAGCUAUUAGACGCCACAUAGGGGCCGAAAUGUGGGAUAAAGCCAGCAUGGACCAAAUUCGACGGUUUAUAAUGACAUUUUCGGUACCGAUCCAAGAGAGCGCGCCACAUAUUUACAUAUCUGCACUCCCAUUUGCGCCCAUAAAGUCCAUAUUACAUAUUGAGGGUGCAAAAAGAUACAGAAACCUUCUUCGCGUAGCAGAAGGCCUCGAGGAGAUGUAUUCUGGGCUCCCAAGUAGUCUUCGAGGUCAUGAAUCCCGGGUCAACGCCGUCGGAUUCUCGCCAGACGGCUCACAGAUUGUGUCUGGCUCGUACGACAACACAAUUCGAUUGUGGGACGCGGCAACUGGUCAGGCUGUGGGAGAGCCACUUCGAGGUCAUGAAUCCGGGGUCUCCGCCGUCGGAUUCUCGCCAGACGGCUCACAGAUUGUGUCUGGCUCGUACGACAACACAAUUCGAUUGUGGGACGCGGCAACUGGUCAGGCUGUGGGAGAGCCACUUCGAGGUCAUGAAUCCGGGUCUCCGCCGUCGGAUUCUCGCCAGACGGCUCACAGAUUGUGUCUGGCUCGUGGGACAACACAAUUCGAUUGUGGGACGCGGCAACUGGUCAGGCUGUGGGAGAGCCACUUCGAGGUCAUGAACAUUGGUCUCGCCGUCGGAUUCUCGCCAGACGGCUCACAGAUUGUGUCUGGCUCGUGGGACAAGACAAUUCGAUUGUGGGACGCGGCAACUGGUCAGGCUGUGGGAGAGCCACUUCGAGGUCAUAAAUCCGGGGUCUUGGCCGUCGGAUUCUCGCCAGACGGCUCACAGAUUGUGUCUGGCUCGUACGACAAGACAAUUCGAUUGUGGGACGCGGCAACUGGUCAGGCUGUGGGAGAGCCACUUCGAGGUCAUAAAUCCGGGGUCUUGGCCGUCGGAUUCUCGCCAGACGGCUCACAGAUUGUGUCUGGCUCGUGGGACAACACAAUUCGAUUGUGGGACGCGGCAACUGGUCAGGCUGUGGGAGAGCCACUUCGAGGUCAUGAAUCCGGGGUCUCCGCCGUCGGAUUCUCGCCAGACGGCUCACAGAUUGUGUCUGGCUCGUACGACAACACAAUUCGAUUGUGGGACGCGGCAACUGGUCAGGCUGUGGGAGAGCCACUUCGAGGUCAUGAAUCCGGGGUCAACGCCGUCGGAUUCUCGCCAGACGGCUCACAGAUUGUGUCUGGCUCGUGGGACAAGACAAUUCGAUUGUGGGACGCGGCAACUGGUCAGGCUGUCUCCGCCGUCGGAUUCUCGCCAGACGGCUCACAGAUUGUGUCUGGCUCGGACGACAAGACAAUUCGAUUGUGGGACGCGGCAACUGGUCAGGCUGUGGGAGAGCCACUGCGAGGUCAUGAAUCCGGGGUCAACGCCGUCGGAUUCUCGCCAGACGGCUCACAGAUUACAAUUCGAUUGUGGGACGCGGCAACUGGUCAGGCUGUGGGAGAGCCACUUCGAGGUCAUGAAUCCGAGGUCUCCGCCGUCGGAUUCUCGCCAGACGGCUCACAGAUUGUGUCUGGCUCGUGGGACAACACAAUUCGAUUGUGGGACGCGGCAACUGGUCAGGCUGUGGGAGAGCCACUUCGAGGUCAUAAAUCCGGGGUCUUGGCCGUCGGAUUCUCGCCAGACGGCUCACAGAUUGUGUCUGGCUCGUACGACAAGACAAUUCGAUUGUGGGACGCGGCAACUGGUCAGGCUGUGGGAGAGCCACUUCGAGGUCAUGAAUCCGAGGUCUCCGCCGUCGGAUUCUCGCCAGACGGCUCACAGAUUGUGUCUGGCUCGGACGACAACACAAUUCGAUUGUGGGACGCGGCAACUGGUCAGGCUGUGGGAGAGCCACUUCGAGGUCAUGAAUCCCGGGUCUCCGCCGUCGGAUUCUCGCCAGACGGCUCACAGAUUGUGUCUGGCUCGUGGGACAACACGAUCCGAUUAUGGAAUACAGAAACCGGUGCAAAAGCGAAUGCCUCCGACCAGGAUGAUACAGAGUCUGUAUGUUCAGGUCUCAGCGAAGAUAUACAGGGCACUCCGCUCCGAAUCGUUGUGCCUGGAUUCAAUCAGUGCUCACUUUCGCUCGAUGGUUGGGUACAUUCUUCCAGCAAACGUCUCUUCUGGGUACCUCCAGACAAUCGACGGGGACUAAAGUAUCCGUACCGCCUGACAAUUCCGACCAGGGCUCCAUUCCGUGUGACAAAACUUGAUUUCACUAAUUUCCAAUGUGGCCCCUCUUGGACAAAGGUUAGAACAGACGCGUGCUCGUGA